AUGUCUGCAGAGAAGAAGCCAAAAAAGAAGAAAGAGGAGACAAAUGGCACAACGGAGGCCAAGCUGAAUGCAAAAGAGGCCAAGCCCAAAAAAACAAAGACCAAAAAAAGUGAGGAUGUAUCCGAAGAGGAAAGUCCUGCCAUCCAGAAUGGAAAGAAGGUGAAGAAAAAGAAAGCAGAAAAAGAUAACGAAGAACCAGAGAAGGAGAAAGAGAAAGAGCCAAAAAAGAAAGCCAAAAGUGCUCCAAAAAAGAAGAAAGGCUCAGGCACAGAUGACGAUGAUGAUGACGAAGAUGAAGACACCCCUAAAAAGAAGACCAAGAAAAAGACAACAAAGGACAGCACUCCAUCUGCAACUUCUACCAAAGAAAAGAAAUCUAAAUCUAAAGAGGACAAAGAUUCUGAUGGAAAAGAAAAGAAGUCCAAGUCAAAGGAGAAAGAGAAGAAGAAAGAACCGGCUUCAAUGUUCCAGAUAAAUGGAGAAAAAGAGUCAAAAAGCAAGAAGAAAGCUGCCAAAUCAGACAGUGACGACAGUGAAGAGGAGACAAAGUCGAGCAAAUCAAAGAAGAAAUCGACCGCCGGUUCAGCAUCCAUGUUCCAAACAGGAGACAAGGACAAGGACAAAGACAAGGACAAAGACAAAGACAAGAAGACAAAGAAGAAAGCAAAGGCAGAAGAGAGUGACGAUUCUGACUCAGAAAAGGAAGAAAAAUCAAAGAAGAAAAAGGGCAAAGGGAAGAAGAAAAAGGAGAGAUCUCCAUCACCUGAGAUUGAGUUUGACAACUUGGAGAAGUUUGUGUUGGACCCGGCUCCGCAGGGCGUGACCAUCAAAUGCAGAGUGACUCGAGACCAGAGAGGGAUGGACAAGAGCCUCUACCCUCUGUAUUACCUCCACCUCGACAAUGAAAAAAAGACAUUCCUGUUGGCUGGGAGGAAAAGAAAGAAAUCUGCAACUUCAAAUUACCUCAUCUCCAUUGAUGCCACAGAUUUAUCGAGAGGUGGAGAGAAUUUUGUUGGAAAGCUAAGGUCCAAUUUAAUGGGAACUAAGUUCACAGUAUUUGACAACGCUCUGAAUCCAGAUAGAGCUCUUCCAGACAUGUCUAAUGCACGGCAGGAACUAGCAGGCAUAAUUUAUGAAACAAACGUCCUGGGGAUGAAAGGACCCAGACGGAUGACGGUCGUCAUCCCAGGAAUGGACAAGAACAAUGAUCGAGUACCUCUUCGACCAAGAAAUGAAUGUGACGGCUUGUUGAUAAGACACCAGAAUAGACGGAUGGAAAACCUGAUCGAGCUUCACAACAAGACGCCCGUGUGGAACGAAGAAACUGCGUCUCAUGUGCUCAACUUCAACGGCAGGGUCACCCAGGCCUCCAUCAAGAACUUCCAGAUAGUCCACAGCAAAGACUUGGACUACAUUGUGAUGCAGUUUGGACGAAUAGCUGAUGACAUUUUCACGCUGGACUUCAACUACCCGAUGUGUGCCGUGCAGGCCUUUGCCAUCGCGCUCUCAAGCUUUGAUGGAAAAAUCGCCUGCGAGUAAGAGAAAAAUCCCCGUGUGUCUACUCACACGGAAACCAGUAUGCAACACGCCCUCGUCACAGUGACUCCUUGGACUCGCCUUUAACACUUCCUGUGAUAGGCGGCGAUAAUAAACGAUGGUUCCUUGAACGUGACGAUACCUGCUGCUGCUGCGCUGUCGCCUUGCUGGGUGUGGGACUCUGGAACUGGCUUUAUGUCUCUGUAAUUCACUAUUUCUGUGAGUCUCAGAAAGACACUUCAGAGGACUUCAGUGACUGGAGAGAGAUGAUGGUUCAACUCCAUCAUGAAGGUUAUUAACACCAUUAAAAGAAGUUAAACUGUGUUGUGUUUCGGCUUUGUUGUGCUGUAUUGUAUUCUUCUGUACUUCACUAAUGUCUUGUGUCAGAUGUAGCUUCGAAAGGAACACACACCAAACAUUGAAUUCAUAAUGAGAAUGCCUUGUUUCUGUAAGGCAAUAAUCAGAUUGUAUGUGAAGACUUACACUGUAAGAUAUCAACAGAUAGCUUUAACAGAGGAUUCACUUUUUUUUAAAGAACAGGUGUUUCGGAAACUUUAUUUGGAUAGCACCUUUUGUAGAACCCUGAUUCCAAAAUAGUUACGUAAAACAAACAAAUUCAGAAUGCAUUAAAUUCGGG